GAUCAGAGGCUGCUGAAAUGUGGUCAAAAUUAUCCAGAAUACGCGCUUCUUCUCCUUACCUUCCUCCCUCUUGCCUCGCAGCGCCCUCAAUUUUGGUGUAUAUAUACGAAUUCAAACUCGUGUUAAUAAAAGCUGAUAUAAUUAUACAGUGUUUGUUACAGUUAUAGUAUUCAAAUAAAUACGUAGAAAAUUGUCAUUAUACAUGGCUGACCAGUACCAAGAUUUUCCGGCGGUUGCAACCCACGGAGGGCAAUUUAUACAGUAUAAUAUUUUUGGAAACUUAUUUGAGAUCACCACCAAGUAUCGGCAUCCGAUCAUGCCUAUUGGCCGUGGAGCUUACGGAAUCGUUUGCUCGGUUUUGAACUCGGAGACUAAUGAGAUGGUAGCAAUUAAGAAAAUUGCGAAUGCUUUCGAUAAUUACAUGGACGCAAAGCGGACCCUUCGUGAAAUCAAACUUCUUCGCCACCUGGAUCACGAUAAUGUUAGUCUUUCUCUCCACCGGUUACUUGACUAAUUUAUAGCUGUUUGUUUUUUACGGCAUGAAUUUAGGGCCUCAGAGACCCAGAAUUGAAGUUUUUAGUUUGUUUUUCUACAAAUUUUGAUGCAAUAGGCCGAAUUACACGCUGCAAAAUGCCUCUUUGAAAUUUUAAUUUCGUUUUGAUUCAGCGUUAUUCUAAUGUUGCAAUAAUCAGUCAAUCCGUACGGAAGCCUCAAAAUUUGCAGCUGAUUUCUUCCUUACGGAAUAGUAUGUAAUUAUAUAUUAGAUGCAUUUUCACUCAGUUAUAUAGACACUUUACUGGAUAAACAUGGUGAUCAGUUGUUGAUAUAUCCAUUACUCUUAUGCAGUUAUGCAUAGGCUCUGCAUGUAAUUUUUUCUCUUAUAUCUGGGAUUACCGUUGAAUAUUGAGAAUCUUUAAGACAUCCAGUAUAAAAUUGGAGUACUAGAAAUGCUUUCGAACAAAAAGAAUAUCACUUGGAAUUCUGAAAAGCAAAAUAAUACCUAGUGCUAAGAAAGUUCUUCCAUGAUAGAAAAUAAUAUUCCUUUUUCAAAGUUGAAAUUAUCAGCAAAAUGAAAAAGUAAGAAUUUCAUGUCUCUG